AUGGCUCACUCAGAGGGACACAGCCCUCCACCAUCUCCUGUCCCCAUUAUCCCACCGUCAGCUAUGGCGGAGGUGUCUACUGCAUUAUCUACUCCAGCUACCCUGCCAACGGCAUUGACAGCAUCCAUAUCCACAGUGACAGUUAAACUGCCACUCUUCUGGCAAAACGACCCUCAGAUGUGGUUCGCCCAGGUUGAAGCACAAUUCGCCACUAGAUGCAUAACAUCACAGAAGAGUUGUUAUGACCAUGUUGUUUCUUCAUUGUCACCGGAAUACGCCACAGAGAUUAGAAAUCUCAUUUUUGACCCCUCUAGCAGCAACCCGUAUGAUACGUUAAAAGCUAAGUUGAUUCAGAGAAUAGCACCAUUUGAACGGCGCUUGCAACAACUGUUAAGUAUUGAUGAACUGGGUGACCGAAAACUUUCACAAUUACUGAGACGUCUACACCAGUUGCUUGGUGAUAACACUUCCUCUACUGGCCAAUCUUUUCUAAGAGAGCUUUUUCUACGGCACCUCAUUGCCAACAACAGACUAGUACUUGCCUGUAAUACCACAGUUGACUUGAAUAUUUUGGCCACUCAAGCUGACUCAACGUCGGAGAUUACUACACAUCCAGUAUCAGUCGUUGAUCACACACAACAAUCAUCUGAGAUUAAACAAUUGCGAGCGGAAAUUGUCAAUCUACGUCAACAGUUCCAACCCUCUGCAUCUCCUAGGAGACCUCGCAGUCUACCUCCUCGGAAACAGCAUUCUCCCAGCCCAUUUGCCUAA